AUGGCUUCUCCUAUUCCCACCAAAAUCUACCGCACCAAGACGUACGAAGCCAUUUCUCCUCUUCGCCCUGAGCUCUCCACCUCCGAGAAGAAUGCUUUGAUUACUGGGGCUGCCAGUCCUGGAAUCGGCAGCGCCAUAGCCAAGUCUCUCGCCCAAUCCAAUCUCGGGAAUCUGGCCCUCCUUGGCCGCACUUUUAAGACCCUUGAGAUUACUAAAGCCAGCAUCGAGGCUCUGAAAACAGACACCAAGAUUCACAUCUACGUUGUCGACGUCGCGGACGCCUCUGCAGUUGACGCUGCCCUCAAAGCCUACACCGAGGCUAUCGAAGGCAAAAUCGACAUCCUCAUCGCCAACGCCGGCUACAUGCCUGACCUGACGACCAUUGCCGAAGCCACGCCCACCGACUGGUGGCGUGCCUUUGAAGUAGCAAUCAAGGGCAACUUUAACCUUCUUCGCGCCUUUCUCCCUGUUGCUGCUCCUGGCGCGUGUGUUAUCCACAUCUCGACGGCAGCGGUCUACUUGUCGUACAUGGAAACAUUUUCGGCCUACCGCGCUUCGAAGAUGGGGGGCACCAAGUUGUUUGAGUACUUCCAUCACGAGAACCCGAACCUCUUCGUGCUGCAGAUUCAUCCUGGUCUCAUUGGUGGCACGGCCAUGGCUGCCAAGUUUGGGCACAAAGCCGUUGACCUAGGGCUGGCGUUUGAUGAUAUCAGCCUGCCUGCCGAUUUUGUUGUGUGGGCUACGAGCGAUGAAGCAAAGUUCUUGAAUGGGAAGUUUGUAUGUGUCAAUUGGGAUGUUGAUGAGCUGAAAGCUAUGAGAAGCAAGAUCGAGGCUGCUGAUAAAACUCUCCCUGUCAUGGGCUUGCUUGGGUGGGACUAG